UGUUGAUGUUUGCAUGAAAAGCAUUGCACUUCACUCGAAGUGUAUCCCUCUCUCUCUCUCUCUUCAGCCAUGGCCAUCAUGGGGAGGAAGCAUCUCCUGCUCCUCCUGGCCUACCUGCUCGCGAACACCUUCCUCACCUCCCUCGCCUGUCCCUACUGCCCCUACCCCUCCCCGAAACCGCCCAAGACUCCGGUGGUGAAGCCGCCGUUCCAUCCCAAACCGCCACACUUCCCCAAACCUCCCGUCGUCCACCCUCCCGUACACCCCAAGCCGCCACACUUCCCCAAGCCUCCCAUCGUCCACCCUCCCGUACACCCCAAGCCGCCGCACUUCCCCAAGCCUCCCGUCGUCCACCCUCCCUACGGACCCAAACCUCCGGCCCUCUGCCCUCCUCCCAUGCCCACGCCCACGCCUAAGCCCAAGCCUCCCCCCAGGCCGAAGCCCCCGUCGUGAAACCGCCGCCCAAGCCGAAGCCCCCGUCGUGAAGCCGCCGCCCAAGCCAAAGCCUCCGGUGGUGAAACCGCCCCCAUUCCGAAGCCACCCGUCGUGUACCCGCCGCCCAAGCCGAAGCCUCCGAAGCCUCCGGUUGUGAAACCGCCUCCCAUUCCGAAGCCACCCGUCGUGUACCCGCCGCCCGUGCCGAAGCCUCCGGUUGUGAAACCGCCCCCAUUCCUAAACCCCCAUCGUAUACCCGCCGCCCACGCCGAAACCACCCGUCGUAUACCCGCCGCCCAAGCCCCGGUGGUGAUACCGCCCCCGACCCCUAAACCGCCCAUCGUGUACCCGCCGCCCAAGCCGCCGGUGGUGAUACCGCCCCCGACCCCUAAACCCCUCGUUUACCCGCCGCCCAUCCCGAAGCCGCCCGUCGUGCCACCAUCGCCGCCUUACGUGCCCAAACCGCCGGUCGUCCUCCCCCGCCGCCCCCGCCCGUCGAGACGCCGUGUCCCCUCCGCCGCCGCCCGCGCCGUGCCCGCCCCGCCGGUGGUGCCCACGCCUCCGCCUUCGCAGACGUGCCCCAUCGACACGCUGAAGCUCGGGGCGUGCGUGGACGUGCUGGGCGGGCUGGUGCACAUCGGGAUCGGGAGCAGCGCGAAGGACACGUGCUGCCCUGUGCUGCAGGGGCUGCUCGACCUGGACGCGGCGGUGUGCCUCUGCACCACCAUCAAGGCCAAGCUCCUCAACAUCAGCAUCGUCAUCCCCAUCGCCCUCCAGGUGCUCAUCGACUGCGGCAAAACGCCUCCGUCUGGAUUCCAGUGCGCCGCCUGAUCAGAAGGCGAACGCUUUGAAAGUGUAUACACGUGUCCCAUCGACUCGAACGACGCAUCUCCCUCUUCAAAGCACAAUAACAGCACGCGAGAGCCUCGCUCGCGAGAAGAAGAAGCAGCGUAGCUCGUUUGUGUCUACUGCAUUUUUCUUUCUUCUUUUCUUUAUUUGGUGCUUAUGUUCACCGUAUAUCGAAUGGAUAUACGGUGGGAGAAACUGUGGACUACCUCUUGUAUUCGUAGAGCCGUGCCGUACUUGCUUUUCCCUUCAAAGAGAUCGUCAUUUGCACGUGUA